AUGUUUUAAGCAUCUUCUGAAAAUCAAUCUCAGUUGUCAUAAUAUACAAAUGCUGAUGAACUCUAAGCCAAAUAAAAUAGCAGAUCUAAUUUCAAAUCGAAUGAAUCAAAGCAGGUUAAUUCACAUCUAUAUAAUGGAGGAACUAAUAAAUAUGGAUCAAAUUUUCAUAAAAAGAAAGCAUCAAUUGAUUCAUUUGACGAGAUAGAUACAAUAGAGGCUAAUGUUCCUAUAGCAGAUGAGGAUGAAUAGAAUUUUAUUAACAUCCAGGAUUCUAGUGAAAAUAGACACUUAAAAAAGUCAGAUACACAAUAUAGAAUCAAUUUGCCUAAAGUAAAUAAGAAAGGUAUUUAAAUUGUGAUUAGUAAGGAUUAGACCUCCUAGAUGGUUGGCAACAUUUAGAAACUGAAUCAUAAAUUCUCAAACAAAACUGUGAAGCUAGAAUCGAUCCUGCCAAAUCAAAGUCAGAGUAUUUCGAAAAGGAACUUUGAACGUAAUCUGAAAAAUGCCAAUGAAGAAAUUCAAAGACUAAGGCGAGAGCUAAAUGAAAAAAAUAAGUUACUUGAAAAUUUAUCAUAAGUCGAUUUAUCAACAAGAAGAAUUCCAGAUGGAGUGCAGUCUGUGGCCACUACUCGAGAGCCGAAUCAUUUAGGUGAACGAGAAAUCAAUUCUCAGUUGAUGAAUAGAGAGUUCUAAUUAAGUGGUCUCGAAGUUCACACUGAGAGAAAGAAGUCAGAAUCUACUUUUAGAGUGAGAAAGCUAAAACUUCACAGAGCAAACACAGACUCCCAAGGUCACGAUCUAUCGAGGGCAAACAGCUAACCAGUUUUGCUAUCAAGAAGACAAGUAAACUUCAAUAAGGAUCUCUAGGCUGAUCAUGAAAUGUAAACACAGCCUCUAGACCUUCUAAAUCAUAACACGAAUUACCCCUCAUCGCUUUCUAUGGAGUUUCAGUCUAGAUUAAGUUCUGCAAGUUAAAUUGUCAAUGUAUAGUAAUAGAACUCAACCAGGAAUCAAAAUCCUUUCAGUAGUAAUUAAUAAACACCCUCAAGUCAUCAUAACGCAGCAUAUAGCAGCAGCAACCUGAAUAAUAACAGCAACUAUAGCGUAUCAUAUAGCUUGAACGACACUUUGAAUGACCCUAGGUCCAGAAAGUACAAAACUACCUAAAAAUUUUAGAAUUCACGACCCUAGGAAUCUCCUUAAAAUUUAUCAAGCAUUAAGCUGCCAAGCAUCAAUACCCAGAACAUCAUCAAAUAGUCUAAUUUGAAUCCAAAUCCGUAACUCGGCUCCCUAAAAACAGUAGAUUUAGAUGUGCUUGAGGAAAGAGAUGAGCAAGAAGAGGAUGGAGAUAAACUCACUAGAGAGGGAUUCUACAAAAGUGGAUCUACUUUAGAUUCUGGCACUUUGUAAAAAAUUAAAAAGAAUAACAACUAAAACAGAAAGCUUGCCAAUUCAUCAUCAAAUUAGGCUUUACUAAGCUCUUAAAACUAAAUGAAGUCUACAGCAUUAACUUUAAAUAAACAGCAAUCUGGGGAUUGGAAUAUGACUUAAACACAGUCUAAGUACAAUUCAAUAAAUACUCCAAACAAUAGAAAUUCCUAAUUACAAAUAGCAAAAAAUAACUCUCUGAACUAAACCAACCAAUCAACCCCAAAAAUGAACCUAAAUUUAUAGAAGCAAGCCAAAUCAUAAACUGAAAAGAAUGUUAAGCCCAUUCUUAAAAACAGAAAUCAAUUGAAAGUUUAGCUCAACUAAAAUAAUCAAAUACUUGACUAAGACGAAGAUAGGCUACUCAACCCAGUAAAUGAUGAGAUGUCUCCAAUUCAAAGUUUCGAUCCAGGAUUUGAUGAUGAACCAGAUAUUCCUCUUAGAGGGUAAUAAGUCCCAGGUACUUACCACGCCAAUGGAAAAGAUCCAGUAAAGAGUAGCUACGAGCUUUUACAAGAUCUCUAAAAGAAAGAAAGCAGGGGAACUGGAAACACAAACAAAUAAAUUAAGCUAGAAGAAUCCCCUUCCUUCGCUAAUUCUAACAUAAUGAAUGAUAGCUUAGAAGAAGUCAAAGAAAACAAGCAUUAAUAAGCUCAAAUACUGGCUUCAAUUUUAUAGCAGCAAAAUGAUUUUGCACUUAAUGUGAAAAUGCUGCAAGAGAAUGUGCAAAUUAUGCCUACGUAGCAACUUAAGGAAGGAUAGGGAACUCCUGUAAAGCCUUUGCUUAAGAGGCUAGAAAUAUUUUAUGAAGAUGACGUUGAUGAUGACUACAUAAAUGAAUUCUAGUCUCCUGAUUAAAAUGAAAAAGAUGAGAAUGCUGACAUCAGCAUUGACCACUCAGAUGAUGUCACUCCACUGAUAUUUACAGAGACACUUUACUAGCAGAGCUCUAAUAAUAUCUUUGUUGCUUAGAAGUAGAAAUAAGAGGAUUUAAUUAACCCCUUCGUUUUGUCUGAUUCAGGAAACUAGUUCUAAGAGUCAAUGGACUUUGGAUCCACUGGGAAAGACCUCUCAAACGCUGGAGUGCUCAAUAUAAGGUCAAGUGCUAUGGCUGUUGAUCGAAGUAAUAAUCUUAGAGCCUCAGCAGUGAGAUAUAGCUAGUUAGAAAGUUAACUUAAGAAUUAUUACACUGGUAAUUAGCAUAGACUUACAAACAUCGAAGAGGAAGAUGAACUUUGCAGAUAUUAAAACUCAAGCUUCUCUUUGGCAUAUGGGGGUCGAAGCUCUCAAAGCAUAAUUGCACCUUCAAUUAAAAACGCUGAUGAUCAGAAUGGAGCAAUUAAAUUUCCUGAAAUUUCAAAAUAAAAGCAUUAAUUACUGCAGAAUACUCCAUCAAUGCAGGCAGCUGUCUCUGGUAACAAUAUUAUGAAUAGACAGUAAAACUAGCUAUAACAGUAAUAAAAGCAGUAGAAUGCAGCAACCAUGAAUUAAUUUAGCUAGAAAGUAUAGAAACCCAUUUAGAAGGACUCUUAAGUAAAUUUAUCAUUUAACUAAGAGAACGAAGAUAACUAUAAACAUUGA